AUGAGAAGAUAUUUAGAGAAUGCAUCUGCAGGUGUAUCAAAGGUGUAUACAAGAUGGGAUAAGACCUUUAGUGAGCUGUUGGAGGCAGUGCGUGAAAGGAUAUUCCAGUGCGAUGGGAGUGGAGGUGGACAUAUAGUAAAGCACAGAGAAGACGCCAUGAAUGCAUUUGACGACAUAAUAGAAAACUCACCUGCUGGAAUAUCAGAGGAAGAAAGAAAGAUGUACCAAGAGCAUUGGAGCAGUGUUAAGGAACAUGGAGAGUCCCUUCGUAAUGUAGGAAGAUGGAAACAGAUAGUUGAAGUAGAGAAGAUGGUUUGUAAUGCAUUCAAAGAGAUUUGCUUUGGCCUGGAAGAAGAGGCGCUGAUGAGAUUAUUUGCCGAGGGAGGAUGA